AUGUCUGCUUCCGACAACAUGGCUCUCAUCAAAGGCGCAUUGGACUUGGACCCUUGGUUAGAACCAUAUUCCAAUGCCCUCAUUAGCCGUCAAUUGCAGUUCCGCAAGUGGAUGGAACAGCUUGAACAGGCUGAGGGUUCGCUUUCGAAAUUUGCUACUUCUUACGAGAAGUACGGUGUCCAUGCUAAUAAAGAUACCAAGGAAAUCGAUGCUGUACUUUACAUUCCCGACGUCGACAGUGUAUCUCUCGUCGGUGAGUUCAAUGACUGGAAUGCUGAUUCUCACAAGUUGAAUAGAGUGAACGAUUUUGGCUUGUGGCAGUUGACGAUUCCCCCAGUCAAUGGAAACUUUGCCAUUCCUCACGACUCCACCUAUAAGAUUAUGAUGGUCCUUCCAUCUGGAGACAGAAUUUAUCGUCUUGACCCCUGGGUUACAAGAGCUACUCCAAACAAGGAGACAAACUUGUAUGAGGGCCGUUUCUGGAAUCCUGAGCAUGAAUACAAGUUCAAAAACUCUCGCCCAAAGAUUGCCAGCCAUGACGGUUUAAAAAUCUACGAAGCUCAUGUCGGCAUCUCAUCUCCUGAUCCUAAAAUCGCUUCUUAUAAGGAGUUCCUGGAGAACACCUUACCAGUCAUCCACCAAUUGGGCUACAAUACCAUUCAAUUGAUGGCAAUCAUGGAGCAUGCUUACUAUGCCAGUUUUGGCUACCAAGUGACAAACUUUUUCGCUAUUUCCUCCCGUUAUGGAACUCCGGACGAAUUGAAGGAACUUAUUGACCAUGCACACUCCUUGGGCAUACGGGUUUUGCUUGACGUGGUUCACUCUCACAGUUCUAAAAACGUUGAUGACGGUUUGAAUAACUUCAACGGCACUGACCAUUACUUGUUCCACGGUGGCGGAAAAGGAAAUCACGACUUGUGGGACUCACGUUUGUUCAAUUACUCCAACUACGAGACUUUGCGUUUCCUCUUAUCUAACUUGAAGUUUUUCGUAGAUGUGUACAAUUUCGAUGGCUACCGUUUUGACGGUGUUACGAGUAUGUUGUACACUCAUCAUGGUUUGGGCUAUGGCUUCAGCGGUAACUAUAAUGAGUACUUCAACCCAGAUCUUGUUGACAACGACGCCAUCACAUACCUUAUGUUGGCCCAUGAGUUGCUUAACGAAAUUUCUAAGAGAGAGAACAAUUUCAAAUUCAUUUCUAUUGCCGAAGAUGUUAGUGGUAUGCCAACCUUGUGUUUGCCAGUCAAUGAGGGCGGUGUCGGAUUCGACUACAGAUUGUCAAUGGCUAUCCCAGACAUGUGGAUUAAAAUUCUCAAGCACUUAUCAGAUGAUGAGUGGGACUUGGGCAAUAUCGUAUUUACUUUGACAAACAGAAGACACGGCGAGAAGUGUAUUAGUUAUUGCGAGUCUCAUGAUCAAGCAUUGGUCGGAGACAAGACAAUUGCUUUCUGGCUUAUGGACAAAGAGAUGUACACUAACAUGUCCAUCUUAUCUCCAUACACUGACGUCGUUUCAAGGGGUAUUGCUUUGCACAAGAUGAUUAGAUUGAUGACAUUUGCUCUUGGUGGUGAGGGUUACUUGAACUUCGAAGGUAACGAAUUUGGCCAUCCAGAAUGGUUGGAUUUCCCAAGAGAGGGUAAUGGUGAAUCAUAUCACUACGCCAGACGUCAAUUCAAUUUGAUUAAGGACGACUUGUUGAGAUACAAAUUCCUCUUCAACUUCGAUGCUGCAAUGAUUCAUUUGGACACCAAAUACGGCAUUUUGGACUCUUCUCAAGCUUACGUCUCGCUCAAGCACGAGGGUGACAAGGUUUGCGUUUUUGAGAGAAACGGCCUUUUAUUCAUUUUCAACUUCCAUCCAACCCAAUCUUUCCCUGAUUACAAGGUUGGUGUGGAGACUCCUGGUGAGUAUCAAAUCGUCCUCAAUUCUGAUGCCGAAGACUUCGGUGGUUUUAGCAGAAUCGAAGAAACGACUGCUGAUGGUAAAAAGUUGUCAUUCUUUACCAACCCAGACCCUUGGAACAAUCGUGCCAACUCGUUGUUCACUUACAUUCCAAGCAGAACUGCCCUUGUCUUGCAAUUGAAAGACAAAGUUGUUAACUAG